UAAUGACGUCGCGCUGAUGUCACUAAAUGCUUGCAUUAUUACUUAGCAGUGUCGUGUUGUCACUUAUUUGUUAGCACGCAAAGAUACGGUGUUCUAAAACAACUGGAAAACUAGAAACAAAUGUAUAAAGAGUAAUUUUUAACAUCUUUAAAGCAUGAUGUCAUGACAAAGCUCUAACUAUGUGAUAUCUACAGGCCGAACUUGUCUGACUACAACGUGACACCGAUCCAGACAGACGGUUACUUGCAUCGUUUUCUUUUGCGGCAGCCUGGUACAAAGGAAUUGUCUGAAUAAAAGACAAAGAGGAUGAAUCUUAGCUCACUUGGUGCCUUGCCUUUCCUAUGGAUGGGAUGGAGUUUUUUGUAUCCACACGUUGGAUUCUGUGAGGGAGCACCAUUCAAACAGGAGGAUGGAAUAACUAGCAACGCACAUCGUCAGUCUUGUUGGGAGACUGAAGAAUUCACAGUGCAACAGGAGUGCACUCGAUGCGAUGACUAUACAAAGAAGACCGAAUCGGAAUGCACGUUUUCUGGCUUUGUGGAAAAAAUAAAGUGCAAACAUUCGGGCCAAGUAGAAUACAGAAGUUGCCGUUCAGCUGCUCAAGAAGAACUGAAGUUCUGGAAGUUUGAAGGCGGCAUGCUUUCUUUUGGCACAGUCUUUGCAGUUCUCGUUCUGUUCCGACAGCGCACACUGGACAGGCGUGCAGAAUAUAAAGUCCUGCAGCAGAUUGAAGCAAUAUAGCAGGACCAUACUGGCUGCCGACUUUCUUUCCCCUUAAAUUGUUUCCACUUAAUGAAGUGCUUUAAGAGUGUAGGCCUUUGAGAAUGAAGUGUCUGCUGCAGUUCUCUACUCUCUGUGCUGCUGUUCAAAUUCCACUGAAUUGUAUUGUAUUGUUAAUGUGGUUUUGAAUGUUUUCUUUUUUUAAUUUAUUGCUGUUACAUUUAUCUUUGAGCUAUUUAAAUUGUUAUUAACUAUUUAAAACAUUCUUAACUAUUUUUGUAAGUACUGAACAGAUCAGUAAAUAUGGUUAUUAUAUUUGUAAUGUAGAGUACUGCUGAAUGAAUAUGUACCAGUGAGUAAACUUUGUAAGCCUUUUGUUGUAUAUUUUAUUUGCAGCAUUUAAAGCACUCUCAAGUACUGACCAUGUCUUUUUGUUCUUGCUUUUGUACUUAAACUGUUGUUUUUACCAUAAAUAUUUUUAUUCUG